AAUUAAUAAAAUGGGCAAAAUUAUGUUCAAGGGUCAACCCUCAUAUAAUGGCAUACAAGAUGAGGUAGAAGAAAUCGAAAUCAACGUUAAUAAGCCUGUGUCAAAGAAUUUCGCAUUACUUAGGUUUUGGUCUCUUAAGGAUCUUAGAAAAGUAAUCAACAGGCACACAAAAUAUCCGGUUUUAAUGAACAAGUUUCAAUUCAGAGAUCUUAUGAGCUCUCGUCAUGGAAGUAUUUUUGGAUUGGACAAGAAUAAUUCUGAUUACACUUUCAAGCAGCUGGCAUCCUUCACACCUCAUAAGUUUGAUCCAAAAUCACUGAACAGUGUGAUCCAGAAGCCACUAAUGUCAUCGCUUCAAAAGGGUAAAAACAAGGAUGAAACAAAGGGAAAAGCGAUAAAUAAAAUAUGCUUUUAUGAGCUCAUGUCAGCCAUGAUUAUCAUGAGUCAUGCUAACUAUUACAACAAGGUCAGAUUCUUGUAUUAAACCUUUUUGACUUUG